GUGAAGAAGCUCCAUCAUGAUAGAAAGCUAAAUCUCAUGGUGGAUAAGUAUCUUAGAGGCAAUCUUGAUCGAUUUGAAUUAGAAGAAAUGGUUCAGGUUGCUCUUUUAUGUACUCAAUUUAAUCCUUCUCACCGUCCAAAGAUGUCUGAAGUACUAAAGAUGUUGGAAGGUGAUGGUUUAGCUGAGAAAUGGGAAGCCUCACAAAAGGUCGAGACCCCAAGGUUUAGAUCAUUUGAGAACCCUCCUCAAAGAUAUUCAGAUUUUAUAGAAGAUUCUUCACUUGUGGUAGAAGCAAUGGAGCUUUCUGGUCCUCGGUGA